CCAAAAACGACCCCAACUCGGACAACCGUCGUGCUUCCUGGCCAAGCAUAAAGACCCUUGGCUCGCGCGUUGCACUGAAUCCUCACAGACGUGUCCGUUCCCCCAGGUCUUCCUCCGUGCAUUUGUGACCAAGUCACUACUCCUCAGCUUCCUCCUUCUUCACCUGCAGACCCCUGAGCGAGAGACAGCACCACCAGUAGAGGCAGUCUGCAGUCUGCCGCCAUCUUCACGCAAUGUCCUCCAUUCACUCUGUCCAUGCGGACGCCGUGUCGCCUGUCCAGCACGACCCGGACGAGCUCAAGGAUGAGUUGUCCUCCUCCAAGGGCACUCUCAACAUCAUCCAGAGCGCAAAGCUCGCCUCGGAGAAGGAGCACAAGAUGAGCCUUCUCCAAGGCAUCAAGCUCUACCCAAAGGCCAUUGGCUGGAGUGUACUCAUCUCCACGUGUAUUGUCAUGGAAGGGUACGACGUCACUCUCACAAACAACUUUUACGGGUUUUCUCAAUUCAACCGCAAGUACGGCGAGCCCACACCUGAUGGCAGCUACCAAAUCCCACCUGCCUGGCAGGCCGGCCUAUCCAACGGUGUCGUCGUCGGUGAGAUCAUUGGCCUGCUGCUCAACGGCUGGAUCUCCGAGCGCUUUGGCUAUCGCUACACCAUCUUGGGCUGCCUCGCCAUGCUCACGGGAUUUAUUGCCAUCUACUUCACUGCCCAGACCGUCGUCCAUCUCCAGAUUGCCUCAAUUCUGUGCGGCAUGCCGUGGGGUGUCUUCCAGACACUGACUAUUACGUAUGCCUCGGAGGUCUGCCCAGUUGCGCUCCGCGGAUAUCUGACCACGUACAUCAAUUUCUGCUGGGGUCUUGGUCAGAUCAUUGGCAUUGGUGCCCUUAUGGGCAACCUGUCGCGGACGGAUGAGUGGGCUUAUCGCAUUCCAUACGGGCUGCAGUGGAUGUGGCCUCUCCCCCUGGCGAUCGGUAUCUUCUUCGCACCUGAAUCGCCCUGGUGGCUUGUCCGCCGUGGAAGAGUCGAAGACGCCAAAAAGUCUCUUCUGCGACUAACCAGUCUUGACCGCGAGACUGACUUCGACGCCGACGAGACUAUUGCCAUGAUGACACACACCACAGCCCUCGAGAACAAGAUCACCAAAGGAGCCAACUACAUUGACUGCUUCCGCGGGACCGACCUGCGCCGGACGGAGAUCGUCUGCAUGUGCUGGGCAAUUCAGAAUUUGAGCGGCAACUCCUUCUCCAACUACUCGACAUAUUUCCUGCAAGCGGCUGGCCUGAGCGAGAGCACAUCCUAUGCUUUCGCGCUGGGACAGUAUGGCAUUAACUGCGUUGGUGUCUUUGGCGCUUGGGGCUUGAUCACUUUAGGUGUUGGUAGAAGAACCCUUUAUAUUUGUGGUCUCGCCGGGCUCUUCACCAUGCUUCUGAUCCUUGGGUUUCUCGGCUUGGCUCCUGACCGCCAAGCAGCGUCCAUGGCAACGGGCAGCAUCAUGCUCGUUUGGGCUCUAUGCUAUCAGCUCACUGUCGGAACAGUAUGCUACUCCUUGGUGGCUGAGAUCUCGACGCGACGCCUGCAAAUCAAGACUGUCGUCCUCGGACGUGUACUUUACAACGUUGUUGCCAUCAUCUGCGGUGUUCUGACGCCAUACAUGCUCAACCCAAUUGCUUGGGACUGGGGCAACUACGCCGGCUUCUUCUGGGCUGGUAUCUGCUUCUUCUGCUUCAUCUACGCGUACUUCCGCAUUCCCGAGCCUGCGGGUCGGACGUUCGCCGAGCUCGACCUGCUGUUUGAGCAGAAGGUGCCCGCACGCAAGUUCGCCUCGACCCACGUCGACGUCUUUGCCGAGCACGUCGACCCAGAGGUGAUGAAGAAGUACGAGGACCAGAUUGCGAUUGCAAAUAUCCAGAAGGGGUUGAAGGUGUGAGAGAAGGCGGACUGGGGAGUGCAAGUGGUGGAGAUGCGUGUGUUGAGAAGAGUGGUCUCUGCGCUGUGCAAAGGACGGGGUGGCGGCCAUCAGUCUUGAACAUACACUGGCCUUUUGUACAUUUCUGGACAAUUCGACGAUUGUGGAAAUGAGACUACCAUAUAUUGCACGUAUGGAUUUGUUGUCAAUCUCCUGGAAACUGUAACAUCGUGCCCAUUGUGGCAAUCUCGCUGUCCAAGCAUCAACCUGAGUUGUAGUGAUCUUGGUGAUACAAGGGCCAUAAAGUUGCCUCCAAACAGUCCAUAUGCCCAUCACUUGUUCAA